AUAAUUUUUCAUUAGAUUAUAGUCAUUAACUAAAAUUAAUUUCUUUUACAAAUUCUUAACCCUAAACCGAAACUAACGCUCAAACAAAACCAAAUCACAAAUUCAUGAACACUGUUCUAUUCUUCAAUGGUUCAACCAACCCUUUAAUCAUCUUUUUUUUCCUCAUAUUAGCCAUGGACUCCACCCUUCCCUUUUCUCAAUCACCCAACAUCUCAAUUCAACCCCUUUUACCCUCUUCUUCUUCUUCUUCUAAACUCCCUAUCAAACGCAAAACACCUGACGACCCCUUUGUCUCCGCCGCCGGCGACGGAGACGGCGACGCCAACGGCGGAGUCGGAGAAAUGGGUUCGGACGCAAAACCCCCACCUUUCAAAUUCCACCGAAUUUGGACUGAACCGGAUGAGAUCCGGUUUCUUCAAGGUCUUCUUGAUGGGUCAUCGGAAAAUCUCUUCUUCCCUCGUGACCUUAAUGUUUUCUAUACCCGAUUCUCGAACACUAUGUUGCAGCCUUAUACGAAAUCUCAGCUUUCAGAGAAGCUUCGUAGGCUUCGGAAGAAGUUUCGGGUUAUUUCUUCUCGUUUGGCUAAAGGGUUAGAUAGGUCUUUGUUGUCUCCUCAUGAUCGUGCUUUGUAUGAUCUAUCGAAACAGCUAUGGCAUCCUGAUUUUGCUGAUACGUCUCCGUUUAAUGCUGAUAAGUCGAAGAAAUCGAAUUUGGUUGGGGUUAAGAUUAGCUUUUUGCCCAAUAUUUCUGACCCGGAUCAAUAUGGUAUUGUUCCCUACCAAGAUGGGAAUGGCUCGACCCGUAAUGGGGUUUCGGGUGAAAAUGAGGAAAAUGAUGGUAAUAUUGAGUUUGAUGAUGGAGAUGGGAAGUUGAGUGAGGUGAAUGUGGAAUUGGAUAGAGGGGAAAUGGGGGAGAAACGGGUCGAUUUUAGUCGUUUGGAUGGUCCGGUUCAGGUUGGAGUAGGAUUUGGUGUUGAGGAUAUUGCUGCAAAAGUGGUGAUGGAUGUGUUUGAUGAGUGUUUGAAAGAUUUUAGAAAUGGAAUUGUUGGAGAAAGAUCAAAUCUUGAUGGUAUUUUGAAGGAGGCAAGCUCGUACGAGUUUGAGGAGAGGUGGAAGGAACAAAGAGUCGCGGAGUUGAGCGUAUUGGCACGUCGUAUGAGGUUGGUGCUUGAGAAUUCUCUUCAUAGUCAAUGAGUAAAUGUGUUAAACUGUAUAUGGAGUUUAGUGCUAACUUUUUUUGAGUUUUGAGUUUAGAUUUCCAUAGUAGUUUUCGCUCAUACAGUAGUAUUACUACCUUUUGUGCAAGAAAUUUUUGUAAAAUUCUGGCAAAAGAAGAUGUUUCUUUCA